AUCAGGGCACUGAUGAUCAGUGUGCCCUGAUGAUCAGUGUAGCCCCAGCAGUGCCAGCUGUCAGUGUCCAUCAGUGCCACAUCAAUGCCACAUAUCAGUGCCUACCAGUGCACAUCAAUGCCACAUAUCAGUGCCCAUCUGAGCUGCCUUUCAGUGUAACCCAUCAGUGCUGCCAAUCAGUGCCACCUAUUAGUGCCAGUCAGUGCCACCUAUCAGUGCCAUGUAUCAGUGCUUCCUUUCAGUGCCCAGCAGUGAUGCCAUCAGUGCCACCUAACAGUGCCAGUCAGUGCCGCCUAUCAGUGCCAUGUAUCAGUGCUGCCUUUCAGCGCCCAUCAGUGAUGCCUGUCAAUGCCCAUCAGUGCCACCUACCAGUGCCUCCUCAUCAGUGCCCAUCAGUGCCA